UGAGUGUGUGUGUGCGCGCCUCUCAUCUCCACCAUAAAUGGUUUUCCCCAGCAGGUACAAUAUCCCAUUGCCUGUGUGCACCGGGCGCGCGCUGCCUCAUUACUUCCGUCUUUGACACGCUAUCACGAGAUGCUGCGUGCAAAGUGGCAACGUCUAUGGAGCUCCUCACGCAGUUCACUUCUUACGACUUCUGAUCCGGUUUCACACUUAAAGACUUUAAGUAAGACUCUUUAAACCUACUUUUUUUAGUGUGUACCUUUGUGCCGAGGAACAGAAAUGAAAAUGAACAGCACAACGUUUAACCAAACGGACGGUGGGAUUUUUUCCAACCGGACAGAGGAGAUUUUGUCGUGUUGUAACUUCUCGUCUGUGGUGACGGACGACAGCUUCGUGGCAGCGGCGGCACCCGACGAUGAGCGCAGCCUCUUCAUCAUGAGAGCCGUGCAGAUCGCCGUGAUGUGCGUGUUGUCUCUCACCGUGGUGUUCGGCAUCUUUUUUCUCGGCUGCAACCUUCUCAUCAAGUCCGAGGGGAUGAUUAACUUUUUGGUGACGGAUCGGCGACCGAGCAAAGAAGUGGAAGCGGUUAUAGUGAGCGUUUAUUAGCGCUCUCUAUGGUUACACAAGUGAAAACUUCAGAUAUGGACACAUCUAAUUCUUUUUCCAGUACACGCACGUGAAAUUGUGUCCAAAACGCAUUUAUCGUGUUAACUGGUACUGCAGUAUAACACAGUUUAUUAUGCGCUUUCACAUGCGUUCGUUUCUUGUGAUGGCGGAGAAAAAAAUAAAAAAAACAGGGUUUCCAAGUUCCUUCUCAGCCAAAGUCUAUGUCACCUGAACAUACGACAUGUUCUAUGUGCACACAAGAAGGACAGACUUACGAACUAUACCAGCUGAACCAUCAUAUUUAUGUUUGUCACAUUUAUUUACCAAAAGUGUUUUUACGCACGAAUCUGUGUUACUGUAGGAAGCAUGUCGUCUGCAGCUAUCCGUGCGCAAUUCUCACUUUAUUUUGUAUGAACAAAAUGAUCUAUAUUACAUUUUUGUAAAAAUGCACCGAUGUGCGUUUGUUUAAAUUGCUAGACUACAGAAAAUGUAUCUCGUUUAAUGGAAUAAAAAUGAAAUCAUGUACAGAAAAAGUUUCCACUUGAUUUGUGCUAUACGUACAGAUGCGUCACAGAGUUUAUCUGUAGUAAUGACCUGGGUUACAAGCUAUAGCUUCUAAAACAUACAAUAUAAUGCAUUCCUCGCUCAUUAAUUCAUUCUAAAUGCAGAUAGAACC